GUACGUAAACGGUGUGGGGAUAUUUCGGAAUGGCCGUCGGUGGUGGGGUUGCCCGCAAAAUUUGUUCCCAUCACGCCAUAGCUUGGCAUUCCCUCCCUCCAAUCAUAAGACCGCCAAAUAGAUCAUUUACCACCCGAUUCCAAGGUGGCACGAAGGGAAAGGCUCUGGGAGGGAUAAUUUAAAAAUUUCUGGAGAUCAAACUCCUUCCCCCGCUAUCACUCCUGUUGAAUACUUCAGCCUUCGUUGCUGAGCAGCAAGAAUGGUGGCUGGUUCUGUAAAGACUCCUGAGGAGGCCGGUAUUUGACCCCCCCCCGAAUUGUGUCCCUUGACGGUUACUUUGAAGCAUGUUUGUUGAUUGGAGGGACAGUCGCGAGAAUCGCAUACUUAUCUAGCGAUGUGGUUAUUUCCGUACAGCCUACCCUGAGCAAUGCUUCAGCGUUUAGUUCGAAGUUGGAGGAACUAUCAUCGGGUGGAGUUAAAGGCACCCUCACGGCGUCGAAUGGUGUCCCUGAGGUAUGCAUGGGGAUGCCCUGGGCAGGCUCGUAGGCAGGCACUGAUUUGUUUUCGGCCAGAUUCAAACCGUUCGUCAAAAUGCCGACCCAUUGCUCUCAGUGUUCCAGCCGGCUCGUUCGGGAAAGCUCGUAUCUGUAACAGCGACUUCUAGCAUUCUUCUUUCUUCGAUACCCCACUUAUACAAGUUGAUCAACUAUCCCGUCGUAAUUCAUGUCUCGCUGCAGCCGUCAGACUUCCCGGAUUACUCCGAGAUCACCUCUAUCCGGCAGACCGGUCUGAUUCUGCUUCAGUCCGAGUCCACACAGGAAGCGCAGGAUAUGGCCGUCGCGGCCCACGGGUUGGCAGUCAAAACCGGGAAAGCCGUCGUGCACUUCUUUGCUUCGUCAUCCGAUGAUUCAGAGAUUUCAAACGAGGAUACCGUCCUGCUAGGCCGGGCACUUGAUCGCGCCGCCGCGAGAACAUAUCAAUCUGGCAAGAUCGUCUCGACAAGCCUGUAUGCGGACGACGGCGUAGUGGCACAGACCAGCAACUCAAUUGCGUCAGUUGCGGUGGGAACGAACGGUCACGCGAGCGGACUUGUUACACCCGCAAGUGAAGCAUCAGGAAUUGAACCCUCUAGCAACGGCACCAGCACAGCGGAUGAGAACAGCACCCGCCCAUCACUCACCUCUAUCGGCUCUUUGCACGAUGCGAUCGAGAGCCGCCCAAUCUCCUCCGACGACAUUCACAAGCACGCCUCUACCAUCUUUGAGGUCAUCAAGCAGGUCACUGGCCGUUCCUACAAUGUCUUCGAGUACACUGGACCCCGCAAUGCCGAUGUCGCACUCUUCGUCUUCGGGUCUACAACAGGCUUGUUCCGCUCUACGAUCAAGAGGACUCCGGGAGAUGAUUACUCGAGAGUCGGCGUGAUUACCGCUAGACUCUACCGCCCUUGGUUUGGUACGAAAUUAACCGAGGUCAUCCCCAAGAGCAUCAGUAAGAUUGCUGUUCUCGAACAGAUCAAGAAGAAGACCACCAAGUGGGGGCCUUUGUUCUUGGAUCUGCUCACUUGUCUGCGCACUGGCCCAGCCCUCAAGGGUGCACCGGUCGUCGUUGGACAUCAACUGGGUUUCAUUACCCCCGAUACAGCAAGUCAGGCUCUACGUGGAGUUGUCCAGAAUUUGAAGUCUGAAUCGCCUGUGCAGAACCUCUCAGUUGGGCUGGAAGGUGUUCCGACUGAUGUUGGGCACAGCAUCAGCCAACCGGCUAUCGAGGCAGCGUAUAUGAAGAUCCUUGACCAGCUGUUCGGAAAGCGAUUGCAUAUCGCCAAUUCCCUCGAUAAACCUAACGCCGGUAUCUCCGCCACCAUUACUGCAAGCCCUGAAUACGGUUAUGGCUCCCUGCUAGCACGGAUGGAGAGACGCCAGACCUUCAUCGAGAGGGUUGAGAAUUUGGCAAAGUCAAAUGACUUCACUACUCGCAUCCCUGCCGAGUGGCUCUCCAAAUGGCUCCUCGUCGCAGAUGACGAGUCAAAGAGUGGAGCACUAGUGCCCGGAAUCAUCAUGCGAUUGAUGGUCGAUGGAUCCCCCGCCGCGUACAGCUUGCUUUCCGACAAGGACCUUUUCUACAAGGAGUCUCAUUGGCUUAUUGGAUCUGACGCCUGGUCCUAUGAUCUUGGUAACUCGGGGGUUCACCACGUCAUCGCUUCGGGAAAGAAUAUCAACAUGCUUGUUAUUGAUUCCCAGCCAUACUCAGAGCACGCUGCGGCCGAUGCUUCGCGAAGGAAGAAAGAUGUCGGACUUUAUGCCAUGAACUUUGGGAAUUCGUUCGUUGCUUCGGUCGCCGUUUACAGCUCCUACACGCAAGUGCUACAUGCCAUGCUUGAGGCGGAUAAGUUUGACGGGCCUUCCGUUGUGGUUGCCUACCUGCCAUACAACAAGGAGAACGAUUCACCUCUCACCGUUCUACAAGAGACCAAGAAAGCCGUGGAUAUCGGUUAUUGGCCAUUGUACCGCUGGAAUCCCAGAGGAGAGAAGGAUGAGAAGAAAUUUAGCCUUGAUUCCGAGAGGUUGAAGAAAGAGUUGCAAGAGUUCCUUAAGAGAGAUAAUCACCUCUCUCAACUGGUUAAGAGAAACCCCCAGUUUGCGGCAAACCUUUCUGGUUCUUACGGUACCGAAGUCCGGCAACAACAGAAACGAAAGGCGAAGGAUGCGUUUAACAAGCUCUUGGAGGGACUUUCUGGGCCCCCAUUGACAAUUCUUUUCGCAUCCGAUGGUGGAAAUGCUGAAGGCCUUGCUCAAAGGCUCGGGAGACGCGGAAAGGCCCGGGGAUUAAAGACCUUGGUUUUGGCGAUGGAAGAUUACCCAAUUGAAGAUCUAUCGACGGAGGAAAAUCUUGUUCUCAUUACAUCUACCGCUGGCCAAGGAGAAUUCCCCCAGAACGGGCGAAACUUCUGGGAGACCGUAAAAAAUUCGACUGACUUAGAUUUAGCAACUGUUAACUAUACCGUUUUUGCUCUCGGCGAUAGCCAUUACUGGCCGCGCAAGGAAGACAAACACUACUACAACAAGCCUGGGAAGGACCUUGACAAGAGACUUGCCGACCUGGGUGGAAGGAAGUUGGUAGACACGGGCCUUGGAGACGAUCAAGAUCCGGAUGGCUACCAGACCGCCUAUUCAGAGUGGGAGCCCAGGCUGUGGAAAGCUCUUGGUGUGGAUAAUGUUGACGGGCUCCCCGAUGAUCCUCCCCCAAUUACUAACGAGGAUAUCAAGAUCGCCUCCAACUUCCUUCGCGGUACCAUUGCUGAGGGAUUGAAGGACGAAAGCACCGGCGCGAUAUCCGCUAGUGACCAGCAGCUCACAAAGUUCCACGGAACCUACAUGCAGGACGACAGAGAUCUGAGAGACGAGCGUAAGUCUCAAGGACUUGAGCCCGCAUAUUCCUUUAUGAUUAGAUGCCGAUUGUCCUCUGGUGUUGCUACUCCAGAGCAGUGGAUCAAAAUGGAUGAUAUCAGCAAUGAAUUCGGAAAUCAGACCAUGAAAUUGACCACCCGACAAACCUUCCAGGUAUGUUCCCCACAUAUUAUUCGUUGCCGCAACUCACGGAUACUAACGGUAGUAGUUCCACGGAGUCAUCAAACGGAAAUUAAAGUCCACUAUGCAAGCGAUUAACAGGGCACUCAUGACUACUAUUGCUGCUUGCGGAGAUGUAAAUCGAAACGUCAUGUGCAGCAGUCUGCCCCAACACUCUGCGCUCCAUGCGCAGGCCCACGAGGCAGCAAUCCGCAUCAGCAACCAUCUUCUCCCUUCCACCACAGCCUAUCACGAAAUCUGGUUAACAGACGACGAUGACAAGAAGGUUCAAGUUGCUGGUGAUGCUAUUGUUGACCACGAACCGUUGUACGGACCUACCUAUCUUCCUAGAAAGUUCAAAAUCACUAUCGCCAUCCCUCCCCACAACGAUACUGACGUCUAUGCCCAUGAUAUCGGUUUGAUUGCUAUUAAGGGUGGAGAUGGAAAGCUCUCCGGAUUCAACGUCCUAGCCGGAGGUGGCAUGGGCGUCACACAUAAUAACAAGAAAACGUAUCCCCGAACUGGAAGUAUGCUCGGAUACGCACCACUCGACAAAAUCCAUCUUGUCUGCGAGAAGAUUAUGCUCGUCCAGCGCGACAACGGGGACCGUAACAACCGCAAGCACGCCAGGCUAAAGUACACCAUCGACGACAUGGGCGUCAAGGUAUUCAAGAGCAAAGUCGAGGAUCUGUUAACCUGGAAGCUGGAAGAAGCUCGUCCAUUCAAGUUCCACAGCAACAUUGACACCUUCGGUUGGCAAGUGGACGAAAAUGGCAAGAACCACUUCACCUUCUUCAUCGAGAAUGGUCGUAUCGAGGACACCCCCGAGUUUCCGAUGAAAACUGGACUCCGCGAGAUCGCAAAGGUGCACAAGGGUGAGUUCCGCCUCACGGGUAAUCAGCACCUAAUCCUCAGUAGCGUGGAAGACGCCGAUCUCGAGGGCAUGAGGGACCUUAUGGCAAAAUACAGGCUCGACAACCUCCAAUUCUCUGGACUCCGCCUAUCCUCAAGCGCGUGCGUCGCGUUCCCGACUUGUGGUCUUGCGAUGGCGGAGUCAGAGCGAUACCUACCUAUCCUAAUCUCCAAGCUCGAAGGCGUCCUAGAAGAAAGCGGCCUGCGCCACGAUAGCAUCGUAAUGCGCAUGACUGGGUGCCCAAACGGAUGCGCACGCCCAUGGCUAGCGGAGGUAGCGUUCGUUGGAAAAGCGUUUGGCGCAUAUAAUAUGUACCUCGGCGGUGGAUACCACGGGCAACGCUUGAACAAGCUAUACCGUAGCUCCAUCAAGGAGGAAGAAAUUCUUGAGAUCUUAAAACCUCUAUUUAAGAGGUAUGCCCUUGAACGUCAGGACGGGGAACGGUUCGGAGACUUUUGUAUCAGGAUUGGUAUGAUCAAGCCAACCACCGAAGGGAAGACUUUCCACGAUGAUGUAUGUGUUGCCCCCCCCCUUUUUUUCCACCCUUCAAAAUCUGGCGCUCACAAAUAAAUAGGUUGCGGAAGAAGACGCAGAAGACGAAGAGUAGACGCUCCAGGGCAAAAAAAAACUAAAACUGGGGUUGGCAUGAAUUUAUAGCGAUGUUUCGCUUUUUCUCUUUUUCUCUUUUGGAUCUUUCCCCUUCACAUCCUUCACGUUCUAGUACAUUAGUUUCGUCUAGAUUUUUCUUUUUUUUUUCUUUCUCGGUUCAUUAUCCUUUCCUCGUACUUGUUCUAUGGAUUGGGAUGGAGGGGGUUCACGAUCUUUCUGUGAACGGCAGAGAUGUAACAUCAAAAUAGUAAUUUGUGCA